CGGAACCGCGUCUUAAGGCCGGGCACGCCCUUGCCGCGGCUGAGUGGACGUCCCAGUUCGGUUUGCUGCUCUGCUGUCAGAUCUGCUUGCCUGCCACCAGACCCACAACGAUGCUCUCCAAACUCGCGCACCUGCAGGCGGCCACCCUCCUUCGCCGGGGAAUUCACUCUUCAGUGGCCUCUGGCGUGUCUGUGGCUACUAAGAAAACCGUCCAGGGCCCUCCGUCCUCCGAGUACAUUUUUGAACGGGAAUCUAAAUACGGAGCACACAACUACCACCCGCUGCCGGUGGCCCUGGAGAAAGGCAAAGGUGUUUAUGUCUGGGACGUAGAAGGCAGGAAGUACUUUGACUUCCUGAGUGCCUACAGUGCUGUCAACCAGGGGCAUUGUCACCCCAAGAUCGUGGAUGCCCUGAAAAGCCAGGCCGAGAAACUGACCCUGACCUCCAGGGCAUUCUACAACACGGUGCUCGGCGAGUACGAAGAAUACGUCACCAAGCUCUUCAACUACCACAAGCUCCUGCCUAUGAACACAGGCGUGGAGGCUGGGGAGACUGCCUGUAAGCUGGCCCGUAGGUGGGGCUACACCGUCAAGGGCAUUCCGAAAUACAAAGCAAAGAUCAUCUUCGCAGCCGGCAACUUUUGGGGUAGAACGUUGUCUGCCAUCUCCAGUUCCACAGACCCGAGCAGCUAUGAUGGCUUUGGGCCAUUCAUGCCAGGUUUUGAAAUCAUUCCCUACAACGACCUGCCAGCUCUGGAGCGUGCCCUUCAGGACCCCAACGUCGCUGCGUUCAUGGUGGAGCCCAUCCAGGGGGAAGCAGGGGUGAUCAUCCCCGAGCAGGGCUACCUCACGGGCGUGCGCCAACUCUGCACCCAGCACCAGGUUCUGUUCAUUGCUGACGAAAUACAGACGGGCCUGGCCCGGACUGGCCGGUGGCUGGCGGUUGACCACGAACACGUGAGGCCAGACAUGGUGCUUCUGGGCAAGGCCCUCUCCGGGGGCCUGUACCCUGUCUCCGCGGUGCUGUGUGAUGACGAGGUGAUGCUCACCAUCAGGCCCGGGGAGCAUGGCUCCACCUACGGCGGGAACCCGCUGGGCUGCCGAGUGGCCAUCACCGCCCUGGAGGUUUUGGAAGAAGAAAACCUGGUGGAAAAUGCUGAGAAAAUGGGUGCUCUCUUGAGACGUGAGCUCAUGAAGCUGCCUUCUGAUAUUGUGACGGCUGUCAGAGGGAAAGGGUUAUUGAAUGCGGUCGUUAUCAAAGAGACCAAAGAUUACGACGCCUGGCAGGUCUGCCUCCGACUUCGAGACAACGGGCUCCUGGCCAAGCCGACCCACGGCGACAUCAUCCGACUCGCGCCACCGCUGGUGAUCAAGGAGGACGAGAUCCAGGAGUCUGUGGAGAUCAUUCACAAGACCAUCCUGUCUUUCUGAGGCGGUCCCCGCCACCGGGGCCGCUGGGAGCCAGCCGAGGGUCUGCUGUGCACCUGUCCUUCCACUCCCACUGUCCCGGGGGACUGCUUUCCUUGCUGUGUGUAGCUCUCAGAGCGGGUGGAUCUCGGCCUGCACUGGGCUGUGUAGCGGAACCAGGACCUACUGGCACCUGCAUCCAGUUCAGUGUCUUCUCCCCUGUGUGUGCUUCCUGAAAGGAAAGGUAGCCACCAGCCUUCUCUAAUCAAUCCCUUUACGGAUAAUUUCUGUGUGAUUGCUAGAACUCCUUUGCUGGGAUGAGUGUCUUGUGUUUGGAAACGGCUUCAGAGCUGAGGCAGGGUGAGUGGUUAAGGUUAAGGUGACCAGAUUUUAACUUGGUAAAGCGGGACACCAUUGAUAAAACUCAUAUCUUGGUGAAAUAGCCACA